UAUUUAUUUACCGGAGGUUACUGAGUUUAUUUUUGAAUUUCAUGACCGGUGUAAUUGAAUUUUGUAACAAGAAGUACCCUAAUUGAAAGGAAGUGGUCAUGCAUCCGGAUCUUUCGUCCCAUCUUCAUUCUGAUGAAUGCAACCUUUUGAUACAGAAACUAUUGGAUUGCCGCAAAGAAAAUAAAAUAGGACACUGGUUUGGGAAAUGUACUGACAUUGAUUUUGAGUUGAACAAAUGUUUAAAAAGGGAGAGAGAGGAAAAAAGAAAAAGAAAUGCAGAAAGUGCGCUGAAACGAAGAGAGAAAUUGGUAAUCAAAUCUUAAUAUUAGAAAAUAUUUGCAUUGUACAAAUUGUAUAGUUAGCCUUUUGUUAAUAAAUAUAUUUAUUUUUUA